AUGUCGACAAAUGAAUCGCCAAUAUCCAAAGUGGUAGUUCACCCAUUGGUAUUGCUGAGUGUUGUGGAUCACUUUACCCGGCUCGGAAAGAUCGGCAAUCAAAAGCGAGUAGUAGGUGUAUUACUUGGUUCGUGGCAGCAAAACAAAGUGCUUGACAUUUCUAAUAGUUUUGCACUUCCGUUUGAUGAAGAUGAUAAAGACAAGUCUGUUUGGUUCCUCGAUCAUGACUAUCUUGAAAAUAUGUAUGGUAUGUUCAAGAAAGUAAAUGCCCGUGAAAAAGUUGUUGGUUGGUAUCAUACUGGUCCUAAACUCCACCAAAAUGACAUUGCUGUGAAUGAAUUAGUACGCCAGUACUGUGUAAACAAUACAUCUGUCAUGGUGAUCGUUGAUGUAAAACCCAAGGAUGUUGGAAUACCUACUGAAGCAUACCGGGUUGUGGAGCAAAUUCAUGACGACGGAUCACCACCAUCAAAGACGUUGGAGCACAUUGCUAGUGAAAUUGGAGCGGAAGAAGCUGAAGAGGUUGGUGUUGAACAUUUACUUAGAGAUAUUAAAGACUCGACUAGUGGUUCCUUAAGUCAACGUGUUGCCAACAUAAUAUUUGGUGCUAGAGGUCUUUAUAAACAAAUGGUCGAUAUAAGAGAUUAUUUACAACAAGUUGUUGAUGGAAAAUUACCCGUUAAUCACCAAAUUAUUUAUCAACUGCAAGAAAUAUUUAAUCUGUUGCCAGAUGUAGAAAAGGAUACUUUGGUUGCUGCAAUGCACGUUAAAGUAAACGAUCACAUGCUUGCUGUAUAUUUAGCAACCACUAUCAGGACCAUUAUCGCAUUGCACAACUUAAUCAACAAUAAGAUUGCUAACAGUGAUGAUGAAAAGAAACAAUUAAGGGAACCAGAAGAGAAAAAAGAAGAAGUUGCAAAGAAGAAAGAAAUCAAAGCAAAAUAG